AUGGCAUUCCUCUUCAAACGACUGUCGAACAGGCAAAUACUGGUGCACAUCCUCGCGACAUUGUUUGGAAUUGGUACGUGGCUGCCGGUAAAUGGAAUGUACGUCCAGUUGCCGUUGCUAGUCCAGACGCAGCCGGAAGGGUGGAACCUGCCCUCGUACAUUACUAUCAUCGUACAAAUUGCAAAUAUUGGGCCCAUUCUGUACGGACUGUCGCAGAAAUUUCUCCCAGGGAAGCUGAGAGACAGCUUCAUCAUUUACGGCGUAUUAAUAAUGGGCGCUAUUGCGCUCUUGCUGAUGGCACUACUAUACAGGGAGACGACUUACUUUGGCGCUGAAGAACAUAGCACAUCUUUGUUCGUACUGACGUUUUUCUGUGCUCUAGUUGGCUGCACCAGCCUUGUGCUCUUCAUGCCCUUCAUGAGGAACUACAAAGAAACGUAUCUUAUAUCCUACUUUGUCGGAGAGGGCCUCAGCGGUUUCUUACCAAGCGUACUCGCUCUUAUACAAGGUGUAGGGGGUAAUCCAAGUUGUGUGAAUCAAACAGUCGUAAACGCUAGUAAUCCUGACGACUCAUAUACAAUUCUUGUGUCGGACACACCGUCACCAAAUUUCUCAACCACUGUUUUCAUUCUAAUUAUGUUCGUAAUACUUAUCAUCAGCACUGUCUCUUUCGCACUUUUGAACAAUCUGAAAAGCUGCAAAGCUGAGAGAGUUAAGUCACAAAUGGUGCAAUAUACGAAAAAAGGAGGUGUAGUCAAAACCGCAGAGGAUAACGCUCCAGAAGAAUCUAGCGAGCAGUCGGAUGUGGAAGGCACGCUGCCACUUUCCCGCUGUACCUACAUCUAUCUGAUGAUGCUAGUCUCCACAGCGGCAGCGUUUGGAUACGGUGUGCUUCCCAGCAUCCAGUCUUACUCCUGCCUGCCAUACGGUAAUGUCGCCUAUCACUUGGUGGUGACUUUGUCUGCAAUGGCAAAACCACUGGCGUGUUUCAUACAGUUCUUCCAUCCAAGGACGUCAGUGACAGCUAUAUCCGGGAUCUCAGUGAUGAGCGGCAUUUUUGCUGUGUACAUCAUUGUCUUAGCACUCAUGAGUCCGACACCACCUCUGGUUGGCUACACGAUUGGACAGUUCCUCGUGGUCAUAUCAUGGAUAAUUUUCACGGGAGCAAUUACGUACGUCAAGCUCGCGAUAGCAUCCAUCUUCCGGACGGAAGGAGGCCGCAGUUUGUUCUGGUGCGGCGCCAUGUUGCAGCUCGGCGCUGCCACAGCCUCUGUGGCCACAUUCUUGCUUGUGAACUACGCUGACAUCUUCCACUCGUACACGUCGUGCUGA